AUGAACAACCACGACCCUCUCCCCGCCUUCAUUCCCACUGCCCCGCCUCAUCCUUCCUCGGGUGGCGGCAGUGAGCGCAGUGAAACCUCGUCCGUCCUUGAGACCUACCCCCCUCCCAUUACCCCUCACGGUACCAUGUUCUCGCCACCACCCAUGCACCACUUCCUUCCCCCUCCUCAUCUUGCGCAUCACCCUCAGACCAUGCACUGCCCUCCGCCCCCGUUUGUUCCCAUGGGCCCCAUUCCUCCCGUUGAGGGGCUCCCGCCACACCUGGCCAUGUCGCCGCCCAUGCUAGGGAUGGCUCCUCUUCCGCCGUGGAACGGACCCAUGUUUCCCCCAGGUCUCCAUGGCUCUCCCUUUAAGCUUUACAGCCCCACUGAUGGCCCUGCUGGCCCUCCUCCCUCUGCGCUCGGGUUCGAGCCCAUCGGUUCCCCUCCGAUGCCAACCGUCAUCUUGGGGGUGGGAUCGCCGCCAAUGCCUACCAACAACAUGGCCAUGCACUCUUCGCCCUUCUCCCACCCAAUGGCACUUCCUCCGCCCCCGCACAUGAAUGUUGGGCCGCCAGUCUUCGGCGCGUCUGCCCGCCCUCAGCCUUACCUCCCGCACACGACCCUCUUCAUCAGCAGCAUUGCUCAUGAUAGUCACGAGGGCACUGAGGAGGAGAUUUACGAGAUUCUCAAGCGCCAGGGUGUUGAGCCGACCUCACUCUCGCUUAUGCCAGCAGUGCACCCCGUCCACCGAAUCUAUCCUGACGACUACUAUUCUUGGAUGCCGAAGCAUGGACAGGUCACCUUCCGGGGACGCUUGCAGGCGGAGAAGGCCCUGGCCAUUCUUGAGACGCACCCGUAUCUCCUUGGCCAACUUAGGAUGGUCAUCUCGCCUUGGCCGGGCCAGCGCGCGGGUAUGCCACUCACCAACGUCGCACCGCGCAUCGUGCGACCCGCCAAUGAGGAAGCCGCUAUCAACCGGCCCCUCGAAGGGGACAUUUGGGACUGUGCCCGCUCAUGGGGAUCGAUCAAGACCGUCUCCGUCAGCUUCGAGAUGGACGGGCCGGCCAAGAGCACGAUACCCUGGAAGGCCAUUAUUGACUUCUGGCACGAGGAUGAGGCUGCCAAGUUUGAGAGCGACACCAACGCGACUGGCUUCCUCCGGGAACUGAAAGUUUCGGUCGUCAAGGACCUGACCUUCAUUCCCAAGGGCACACCUUGGCCACCCCGGCCUUGGGAUCUCCCUCCAGCGUCGUGGCAGCAGCCAUUCGAACCUAACGGGUCUCCAUGGCAGCCGCCUAUGGGGAUGAUGGGAGGUCCUUGGCAGCCUCCUACCUUCUCCCCGGAUUGUCCCCCUCCUCCCAACCUCAUGCCGACGCCAAUGCCCGACAACAUCACCAUGCAAAUGCAGGCACAGCCUCCUCUGAUGGCGCCUCCAGUUGUCCCGGAGCAGAAUUUGGCAGUUGCUGGACAGACUCAGCACGCCGUGGCUCCUCCCAUGUUCUCCAUGCCACCGCCCCCGCCAACCCUACUCAUGGACGGGCCACCAAUGUUGUCGCACCCCGCGAUGAAAAUCCGGCCUAACCAGCAGUCUGUGGAACAGCUUUCGGCGACGCAGCAGCCUGCUGUCGUAUCGCUGCCUCCAACUCCGCCGUCGCCAGCCACGCACCCACUUCCUCCACGCCCUGACCCGCGGCCUACUGACACAGAUUCGCAAGCAGACGGCCUCGCCAGUGGUAAGGCCUCAAGCCACCGAAAUGGAUCGUGGCGGCGAGGAAACACUGGUCGCCCGCCGCCCAGCAUGUUCGGCGGACGCCAGUUCGAGGACCAGUCGGUUUCUCCUGGUUUUGCGCCGGUCCCGUGGGCUAACCACCACAAGUUCAGUGGUGGUGUCCCACUGCCGUCGCCGCCAUGGGAGACAGUCCCCCUACGCCGCAACAGCGGGGGAUUCAAGAACCACAAGGGACCCGGUCCCAAGUCUCAGUGGUACAAGGUUGACGGUGGUUUAGUUGCCAGCGACGGUCAAGUUCUGCAACACGUUGGUCCCAACCAGCGCCACUUCAAGUCCAUGCCGGAGGCGGGCCCCAUUCCCUUUGGCUCUAUCGACCCGUGCAACCUCAUUAUCCGGGAACUCGAACCUGAUAUCAGUGCCACGUUCCUGCACGACGUCUUCGCUCGUUUUGGUCCCAUUAAGUCUACCCGGAUCAUGCGUGACCCUUUGGGGCGCUCGCGGGGGUUCGGCUUCGUCAAGUUCGCGUUCGCCGAGGACGCCAACGUUGCGAUCACAAACAUGGACAACACCAAACUUGGCUCCAAGUGGAUCAAGGUCACUCAUCACCGACCAAACUUCCGCGGGCCCCACUUCCGGCGCGAGAACUGGAACUUCCCUUCACCGGCGCAGGAUUCCAUGUCCAUCCCCAAGGACGACGUCGCCGUGUGUGGCGUGAUCGGCGCUACAACCACGCACAAGCAGGAACUGCCCGGAACCAAUGAGGCCUCCGAGUCUGGAUCUGUCAGCUCGGAAAACAUGGCUGAGUCGAGUAACGGUCACAAUAAGACUGCAUCGGCCCUUAGCUCCGAGGUCGAGGAGGUUACAGAGCUUCUCACCAACAUCAACCUUGAGGAGCUGACCCUCGAAGCGCUCUCCGCCAUGCCACCCACGCGUGUCCUCAAGGUUCUCACGUCGGGGGGCGACCAGCUUCUCCGUCGCCUCAACGUUACCAAGUGCCCGCGGCAGUAUCUACCCAUCUUCUGGGGCCUAGAGCAUCCACAGCGGCUUGAAGUGAUUCGUUACGUCAACAAGGUCUCUCCUCCCAAGUACCGCGGGAAGAAGCGGAGCGACAUCACCAUGAGCAUUCGCGGGUAUGUCAACAGCCUCAGCGAGAAGGAGGAGUGGGCGCUCGUUAACCUCCUUCCCUAUCACAAGCUCAUCAUUGCCAUGGCCCUCAAGGACACUCAUUGA